CACAAUGGCUGACAACACAAGUAAACUCACCAAGCAUGUGAACAAAACACCUCCAAGGUCUCCUGCAGAUUCCGCAAAAGAAACAGCCAAAAGGUUAUCCUGCGACUCAAACAGCUCCCACGACGGGGCCAGUGGGCCAGAGCUAAGUGCUCUUGAAGAGGCUUUCAGAAAAUUUGCUAUCCACGGGGAUACGAGAGCCACGGGGAAAGAGAUGCAUGGGAAAAACUGGUCCAAGUUGUGUAAGGAUUGCCACGUGAUUGAUAGCAAGAACGUGACUCUCACCGAUGUUGACAUCGUCUUCAGCAAGAUCAAGGGGAAAUCCAGGACAAUUACUUUUGAGCAGUUCAAGGAAGCACUUCAGGAGCUGUCCAAGAAGCGUUUCAAAGACAAGAGCAACGAGGAAGCAGUGCAAGAAAUGCACAAGCUCAUCGAAGGGAAGGCCCCCGUCAUAGCUGGAGUCACGAAAGCCAUUUCAUCUCCGACUGUCUCACGGCUUACAGACACAACACGUUUCACUGGUUCCCAUAAAGAGAGAUUUGAUCCCACUGGGAAAGGCAAAGGCAAAGCAGGACGUGAAGAUCUGGUGGAUACGUCUGGCUAUGUAUCCGGGUAUAAGCAUGCUGGCACGUACGAUCAGAAAGUGCAAGGAAGCAAGUAAGCCCGAAGGUUCACCUGUGAGGGGUGAGCAAGACGAGCCUCACCUGUUGCUGUAAAUGCCAAAAAGACUAUGUUGGAAAGCUGUCUUGUAGGACCCACUUUUGACAUCGACUGAGACUCUUGCAGUGAAGCACCACUUCAUUACAUUCCUCAUGCUUUAUGGCAGUGAAAAGGAAGCAGCAGAGCAGUCUGAUCAAGAAACCACACCAAGGGCUCUCUCACCACACCUCGUCUGUACUGGUAGCAGGUCGCAAACAUUCCUAUAUGCCUAAUUCUCUGUCUUGUUCUGCUGUCUUUUUUCUACAGUGGAGGCUACACGUGCUAGUAGCUUUGCUAAAAAGAAUCCAGUUGCUCAAUUUGAUUAUUUAUUAUUGAACAAUGUCUUAAUAUGGAACAGAUGCACCUCAAACGUAAGAAUUCAGCCUUUAACUGAAGGGAAUUAAAUGGCUAUUGACUUUUAUUUUAUUUUUGAAAAGGUGCUAUCCUGUAAAAGCCAAUACAUUUAUUUCAACCAUUUGCGAACAAGAGCAGAAACAAUAAUUUAAAGCAACUUUCCCCCUCCAUUAGUAGAAAACUGAGACCCCACUUGUCCCUGUUCUCAAAGAAAAGGGAAAUUGCAGCUCUCUCUCCUGGCCUCCGCAAAUUUUCUUUAAAGAAAAAAAAACAAAAACAGAAACCAAAACACUAUGUGUCAUUGAAGUUAUGUAUUACUAUUUCUUUAAGAUUGCAACAUACGUGAAAUAUGGCAGUUCAAACCCCCACCCAAAUAUAUAUUUGAAAUACUACCAGUUGAAAUUAUCUACUUUGUCUGGAUCAUUACCUUAAACAACAUUUUGAUUCAUUAUGUUGGUUAAAUAGUUCCAAAGUAAAGGAAAUUUGUUGUUUUCUUGUUCACUCAGUGUAAAGCAGACAUAAUUUAAUUGUCAGAUUGUUUGCUGAUGGAAAACAAAGGUAGAAAAUAUUAAAUACAGAUUCAUUGUUUUACAAAUGAUGUCAUCAACCAUCAUGUUCCAGUGAGCCAGAGUCUAAAUAGUGCUGAAAUGUUGCUUCUUUUAAGGGAGAAAAGGGAUAUAAUUAACACAUUUCCUGAAAAAGGACAACAUACGUAAUGUAUUUAUUUAUUUGAAAGAUUUCUAUGCGUGUAUGCUGAAGAGUAACUGUCUAGUCAAUGAGGUGAAUUUUAUGUGUCCUGUCUUUAUUAUUGAGUAAAUACCACACUGUGUUGAACUUACACUCCAGUAAAAUAAUAGCUGUAAUCUUGGAGGUUUGCCAGCAGUUGAGUCCUCAGCCUUGUUUUCUGUGGAAUACAGGUCAGCUGUAUCUCCUCUGUGGAAGAAUAGAGAUUGAUCAACUUUACUGCCAUUCUUAAUAGCUGUCUCUUUGACAGGCUCAGUAAACGCUGAAGAGUUGGCUGCACUGAUUUGCUUACAGUAAUUCUGACUGUUCCUUCACACAGGCCAGCACCUUGAAGUUGGCCCUUGUCCGAGCACUGGCCAUCUGUCAUUUGCAGUUCUCUUUAUCCUCGUUGUUAAGGAAGGUAUUUAUUGUGACUUACAACCAUGCAUUCUUCAGCAUGCACUACAAGCAUGAAUCCAAAAUAAUAAUAAUAGUGUUGUUAAGCACUGCCGUUGUAUGCCUGGAACCUUCGUUUUUUGACAUGUUGAAAUGUCAGGUUUGGGAAGAAGGAAGUCUGUAGAAUUUUCGGCAUGUUUUUGCAGAAUGGUGGUUUUGGUGGUUGCCAGAAAGGGUCUGUGAGUGUGCCAGGCCUGUUGGUAUUGAAAUAGUGAUAGUUGGUAUCAGUUAUAUAUCCAUUUGCUUUCUGGAGACAAGCUCAGUGUCUAGAGUGUUGAUAAUAGGGCUGUUUGCUUUGAUGGAACAAUGAGCACUGAAUACUUUAAUUCAGACCCUCUGGAACCCAUUUGUCAAGCUUAAAGCGAAGCUAGGCUUAUGGGGAACCCCAUGUUAUUACACGGAACUUCAUUACAUAAGUAGAAUAUUCAGAACAAAUCCAGCUACGUCCUCCAGUGGCAGCUAAUUAACACAGUGGAUGUGAAAGACUCCAUUGCUGUAAUAUGAGCAGAUAAGCACACCAGGAAGAUACCUGAUUUGUUGAUCCAGUCUAGCAUGUCUCUUGCGUAUUUUGCUUUUCGGGAAACAUUUUUUGUCCGAAAACCUAGCAGCUAUUUGCUCACAUGAAUUGGCCAUGAACACUGAUUACUCAUUGUAAGGAGGAGCUUAAGGUAACAAUAAUGCCACCAUGUCUGGGCAAAUAGUAGUUUUGCUUUUGAUAGAAACUUCCUUUAGCACUAAAGUCUACUGCAGAACUCUCAUCAAAAGAUUUUAGAGCAGGCAUUACAUAUCAGGUGGCCUUCUAGAGGCAGGGAAAGCUACUUUUAAAAUGAGUGAUCCAUGUUCAUUUUUCAUUUAUUUUAACACAAAAAGACAAGAGAUGCUACCAUUGAAGCGUGGAUGUCUAAAAAGCAAGCAGUUUUGUGAAACAACGACAUGCUCUUCUGACAUCCCAGUUUCUCUUCUUUUCCCCAUCCCCAUUCCUUGUUCUGAAACUGUUGGCUUUUUCUAUCCCUUUUUCUACCACUGUGCCACUGAAGGAGGAGGCUGUGUCAGAAGAAGCAAGGCCUGGGUGUCCGUGCACCAGGCCGCAGUUUCCUCCAGUCUAGUCACCUAAUAACACAAUCCCAUUCAUGUCUACUCAAAAAUAAGUCCCACUGUGUUCUUUGGGGUUUGCUGCUGGGUGAACGUGCAUAGGAUUGCAACCUAAGUCGCUGUUUGCAUGCAACAGUGUACUUGGAAUAUUCUCACAUCAGCUGCUCUCAUCCCUGUAUAUUCCUUGUCAGUGACUUCUGCCCCCUUUAAGUAUUUAUUUAAGUGCAAAACAUACUGUAAACGUGCAGUGAUGCCGGCCUUCAUUAUCUCCUUUCCAUACAAUAGGUUAUCAUCAGGCCCUUUUUGAAUAAAUAGGGGGAAAUGUGAAAUAGUUCUCCAAAUGUGAAAAUGAUAGAGAUCCGUAUCUGUAGGGUUUUUUUUUAAAAAAAAGCUAUUUUACUACCACAAUGUGUUUACAAUUCUUUGCUGAUUGAAUAAAUCACAUUAAGCACA